GUGGACAGUUAGAAUAGCUUGUUUUCCUCCCCUGAAGCCGCAGCUACCCUUUUAUUUGAAAACAGCAACAUUAUCACGUGCAGCAGGCGUGACGCACUGCCAUCCGUACCGACUUGUCAGUCAAACCUGUGUUAGAUACACUCCGCUGCAGUAUAAACGUUUAUUCCUUGCUACAAAUGUAACGCGUGUAAAAGGCAUUUAUCUCGUGUUGUAUUGCACGGCGACCAUAGACAAAGUUUACAAAACCAACAGAAGGAUGGCUUUAAAACUGAAGAACUUGUCAACUACGACAAAAAGAAUCGCACAAUUGUCAUCAGUCAGAUUAAGCUCGUUUUGGUCCCAUGUUGAACAAGGUCCUCCAGAUGCUAUCCUUGGAAUCACUGAAGCUUUUAAACGUGACACAAAUCCAAAUAAGAUAAAUUUAGGAGCAGGUGCUUACAGAGAUGAUAAUGGAAAACCAUAUGUUUUGCCAUGCAUUAAAGCUGCAGAAGAGAAUUUAAUACGCAAGCAACUGGACAAAGAAUAUGCUGGUAUAGCAGGCAUCGCAGAGUUUACAAAAGAAAGUGCGAAUUUGGCUUUUGGCCCUGAUAAUGAAAUCGUUAACAAUGGAUUGAACUGCACUGUUCAAGGAAUCUCUGGUACUGGUUCACUUAGAAUUGGAGCUGCAUUUCUUGAAAAAUUUUACCCUCAUAAUAAAACCGUUUUCUUACCAACUCCAUCAUGGGCUAACCACGGACCUAUUUUUAAACAUGCAGGCAUGGAAGUUGCAAGCUAUCGAUAUUAUGAUAAAAAUACUUGUGGCUUUGAUGCUGCUGGUUGUUUUGAGGACCUCUCUAACCUUCCAGAAAAUUCCAUUAUCAUGCUUCAUGCUUGUGCACACAAUCCAACUGGUGUUGAUCCUACUCCAGAACAAUGGCAAGAACUGUCUAAUAUCAUCAAGCGAAAAAAUCACUUUCCUUUCUUUGAUAUGGCCUACCAAGGAUUCGCAAGUGGGGAUCUUACUCGAGACGCGCAUGCGUUGCGCUUGUUCAUUAAAGAUGGACAUACUCCUUGCCUGGCGCAAUCUUAUGCUAAAAAUAUGGGAUUGUACGGAGAAAGAGUUGGAGCAUUCACAGUAGUUUGUAACACGAGUGAAGAGGCUAAAGCUGUGGAAUCACAGAUCAAAAUCUUGAUCCGUCCAUUGUAUUCCAAUCCUCCCAUUCACGGUGCUCGUCUUGUUAAUGAGGUAUUUUACAAUGAUGACCUAUAUGCACAAUGGUUGGUGGAGGUCAAGGGAAUGGCCGACCGUAUCAUCAGUGUUCGAGCAGCAUUAAAAAAAAAUCUAGAAAGGGAAGGUUCAAGUCACGAUUGGUCGCAUAUUGUCAAUCAAAUUGGUAUGUUCUGCUAUACUGGUAUGAAACCAGAUCAGGUUGCUAAUUUAACGAAAGACCAUUCAGUGUAUCUUACAAAAGACGGACGUAUUUCAGUUGUGGGAAUCACAUCUAAAAACGUGGAAUAUUUAGCAAAGGCUAUGCAUGCUGUUACAAAAUGAUAAUUUGUGUCAUCCAAAUCAUCUGUCCACGCCGAAUUCUUCUUCAGUUCUGUUUUUACGUUUCCAUAUACUUUGUUUUUGUAAGAAGCUCUUUUGCCAGCUGUAAGCUAAUGUUUGGAUUUACUACUUCAGUGAGAAAACAUCUUUCGUGGUCAGAUUUCUGUUCUUUUAAGUGUAGUGUGCUGUCAUGUUUUAGUAUUGCUGAGUUAAACCACAGUAUUUAUUUUUAGAGCUUCGAAGUAUGUUUUUUUUUAUUUAUUAGAUUUAUAAUUUUGUGAUUUUUUUUUCUUUCAGAAGGAAUACCCCUUUGACUUUUGCAAACUAACUUGAUAUUAAUUAUCACCGCCCAAACUUAUCAAUAUUGAAUAUGCAUCUGUUAAACUAAACGAGAUAUAUUUUUGAAACCCAGUUUUUACGAAAACAUUUACUACAAAAGAUAUCGAUAUAGAUUAUAACAACAAGAUAUUCAGAAAUGUCAAAAUAGAAAUCUUAUUAAUACCGUGCGUCAGCAAAAAAUAAAAAUAUUGUUUCAAAA